AUGAAACAGAAGAAUAACGAUGUUGUUCUUUGGAUUGAUAAAUGCAAUGACCGAAAACACAUCGUUGAUAAUAAUAAUAAUAAUAAGAAGAAAAAAAAAAAAAAAGAAAAGAUGGUAGCAGCAUCGAUUGUCACUGGAUUAAAUCCAAUGGCAGUGCCAUUGACAUUAUUCAUUGUUCAAUUAUUAUUAAUUGUUGUAAUUUCUAGACUUUUAUAUUAUGUAUUAUCAUAUGUUCAACAACCACCUGUAAUUUCAGAAGUUAUUACAGGUAUUUUAUUAGGACCAUCUGUACUUGGUAUUUCAAAAGCCUUUUCACAAAAUGUAUUCCCAGCCAGUUCGUUGACCGUACUCAAUGUCAUUGCCAACGUUGGUUUGAUCUUUUUCAUGUUUAUGGUUGGUUUGGAAGUCGAUCCAACCAUCCUCAAAAAGAAUCUCAAAUCCUCUAUGAUCAUCUCGCUCAGUUCCAUUAUCCUACCAUUUGCCAUGGGUAUUGGUUUGGCUGCCAUUCUCUACGACAAGAUGGUUGCCGAAGAUGAAAAGCUUUCCUUUCCAUUGUUUUGCGUCUUUGUCGGUGUUGCCAUCUCCAUUACUGCUUUCCCAGUGUUGGCUCGUAUUCUCACUGAAAGAGGUUUAAUGACUUCAAAGGUUGGUGUUACUUCUUUGGCUGCUGCUUCUGUUGAUGAUGUCAUAGCAUGGAUAUUAUUAGCAUUUGUAGUAUCAUUUGCAAAUAAUUUAAAGACUGAUGGACCAGAUGAUGCAAGAAAUAGAUUGUCUGCUUUGUGGACAUUUAUUCUGUUGAUUGGUUUCAUUGUACUUAUGUUUGGACCGGUUAGAAUGGGAUUGGCACAUAUCUUUAGAAAGUAUGUAAAGACAGAGUCACACAAACAUCAAAUGGUUGUUGCUUUGUUGAUGCUCAUGUUUAUGUCGGCCUUUUACACCGAGGUGAUUGGUGUACACGCCAUUUUCGGUGCUUUCAUCCUUGGUGUCAUUGUCCCACGUCACGACGGCUUCCAUCACAUGUUGACCGAACGUAUUCAAGAUGUUACCACCAUCGUCCUCUUGCCACUCUACUUUACCUUUUCGGGUCUACGUACAAAGUUGAAUUCCAUCGACUCUGGCGUGGCCGGAGGUUGCACUGUACUCAUUAUCGUGUUUGCCUGUUUCGGUAAGAUUGUCGGCGCCACAUUUGCCUCACGUUUCUGUAAAAACACAUGGAGAGAGAGUAUCACCGUCGGAUUCCUCAUGAAUACCAAGGGUCUUGUAGAGUUGAUCGUCUUGAACAUUGGCUACGAGAUUGGUAUCCUCAACCAAACCUUGUUCUCCAUGUUUGUUGUGAUGGCGUUGGCCACCACCUUUAUGACGACGCCAGCCGUCUACUUUAUCUGGACACGUUGGGAAAACAGACAGUCUCGCGUGCCAAUGGUGCCCAGAGCCGCCGGCAAGUUCAAUAUCCUCCUCUACCCCACCCAGGUCCGUUUGGGAUCGGUAAUGACUGCCAUCGCCGCCGCCAUCACCUCGCCCAAAGCAACCUCCAAGAAAUACAAGAUCUCUAGUGUCUAUGCGACCGAAGCCAUUGGUGACCGUCCCUCGACCUACUUUUUCAACAGUCUCAAGAACUUGCCACCCGCCAAACGCGAGAUUUACGAAGCCAUCCAAGAAGAGGCCACCACCAUUGGCGUCGUCGUCAAGCCCAUCGUCAUGUCGUCGGUCGACAUUGCCUCGGACAUUCGCCAUGUUGCCAAGACCCAGUGGCCCGAUCUCGUCCUCAUGGGCUGGACGCGUAACGACCGUGGCAGCGAGAUGACCCAGUCGUCGACCGUCAUGGAAAGCUUCUCCAACAUGGGUGCUCAGUCUGCCGACGCCCCCUUUUACGGCAAGGUCAUUGUCAAUGUCCUCGAACACGUCAAGUCUGCCGUCGGUGUCGUCGUCGACAAGGGUCUUGACCGUUUCAACAAAAAGCACAACAUCCUCUUCCCCUAUUCUGGUCAGACCUAUGAAAACGACGCCAUCACCCUUGUCCUCAAGAUGGCACGUCGUUCCAACAUCACAAUCACCAUCCUCACCAACCAAGUCGAACAGACCCGUCAAAAGAUCGUCGCCAACGAGAAGCUCGACAUCAACCAGUUCACUAUCAACGCAUCCGACGACCCACACCAAGAGGCACUCGCCAAGGCCAAGGACCAAGAUGCCGACUACUGGUUAGUCGUCGUCGGUCUCCCAAGAGAAGACUCUGUCAGACAAGAACAACUCGUCACCCAAUCAGCUCACUCUCUCUUGAUCGUCCAUCCAUCCAACCAAUUACUCGAAAUCCAAAACCUUGGAAACGGUCAACUUAAAAUGUCUUGUGCCAAUCUCACCUCUGAUUCUCCUCAAACUAUUGAAUUACCUCAAUUAGAUCAUCAUAAUAAUCAAUAA